AUUAAUAAUAAUCUGCCCGAGGCUAGGAUCAGUCGCGUAUCGGCACGUCGGUUGGCCCCGCGGCUAAAAGUCGUCCCAACGGUAUCGGGCAGCAUCUUCUGCAUCGGUUGCAUCUCGUCGAGUAUCUACGCGCAACGAGGAGUCCGCGAUAUAAAGUCGAUCGGGAACGAGAAGUCCGAUAAAAUCGAGAUGAGAUUCGGACGCGAGCCGCGCGACGAGUGCACCCGUGCACGGCCGAUUUAUCCGCGGCGGUGCAAAUAAUGACCCAUUCGACUUUCUGCGUUGCGUAGCCUCGUUCCUACCGGGGCGGGUCGGCGGGCUGGAUCGAGCGUCUUUCCGCGUUUUUCGGGAUCGGACGGGGUUGACGGAGCGGCGCGGGCACCGUUUCGCGGCGGCUAUUUAGAGGACGGGGAAUUCGGAAGUGACAUUCCUUUCGCGGUUGCAACGCGCAGGGACGUGAGACGCGAGUGCUCGUCGUCGUCGUCGGGCUGCGCGACUUGAAUUGUCCCGUUAGACGAUUUAAAAUUUCACUGCCGCGCGAGGUUUCCUCAACAAACGCUUCCGUUUCGUGACAUCUUUAACGGGAACUCAAUGAGACGAAUAAUUCACUGUUAUGGCAGCCAGUGCGCUCGAGGAGAAGAUUAACAAGAUACGGCAACAGAAUGAGGAAAUUAGGAGGAGGCACGAGGAGGUGGAGGAGGACAAGAAAAAUGCAGCUAAAUUGAACGCACUCGUGCAAAUGGUGCCGUCGACAGACUGGCCGGAGCGGAAAGAGCCACCGGAAUUUUCUAAUCCACCUAGGGCGAGUAAUAAACCGAAACCUACCAAGGAACACCAUGAACAUCCUCAUCAGUAUCAUUCUGCGGGCGGAGAAGGGAGGAAAGUUCAUACAUUUGCUCAGGGUCAAGGGCCUCCACCAGAUCCCAAAUACAAUUUCCUUGCCGAUGCUGAGAGAGAAACAGGAAAUGUGGAGUGUACAAAGGAAGCUCUCUCGAACAGAGGCCAGAAACAUUCAAGAGGCACAUUCAGGAGGAAACCUGGAGGAAAGGACGGAAUGCAAAGGGAUUAUAGGGCGAAUAGAGGGCCGCACAGGGAGGAGCACCAGCCAGAGUACGAGGCUUGGAGAGCCGAGAGAAAUCGUAUCGAUGAAGAUCGCAUUAGCAGGCAGAGAACGGCGGAGGGUAAUUGGCGCAGAGAAUGGGACAAUGACAAAGCACACAUCGUCGAUGAAGUGACGAGAUCUGACGCUAGAUUAGGAGAUUACGUAAAGAAGGAUCAUAAAGAUUUCGAUAGGAGAUACCACGUUAAUGGAAAUGAUUACGUGAACUAUAAUCGCGGUAGUCAUCGUUCCUAUCGGGGAAAUUCAAGACACUUUCACAAUAAUUACGAGAAUCGCUCCAACAAUGCGUAUCAUCAGGAUGGAUAUGCCAAGAAUCCCGCGUCAUCCGAGGAGCGAACUGUCGUUGCUACGGACAAGAGCAUAAAAGUCACGUUAAAUCAGGGAAACAUGGCGAAAGGUCCAGUCAUGAGUGUUAAAGUAAACUCGCCAAGCAUUGCCGGAACAGGUCGAGUCGGGCCGCGACAACGGAGCCGCAUAACGUACAGCAGUCACUCGGACGUUGAAGCAGCUUCUCCCGACGCCGAGUCUUCUCGUCCAAAGUCGUACGAGGACAAGACCACAGGUAUUUACCAUGAUAACUUACAGAGAUCUCCUAAUUCGCGAAAAUCACAGCCCGCGCAGAGGAAGAAGGACUUUGGCAGCAAGUCUCCUUACUUUCGCAAGAAAGACAUCAGGAGAGAAGAUGCCAACGAAAAUCCACAGAAACAUCACGAGACGGAGUCUCGACAAGAAUCUGAAGAAUCGCAAAAAUCUUGUCAGCCUGAACCUCAAAACCUUGAGGAGAACGUUGCAAAAUCGUUGCCGGAAGAUGAGAUAAGCGAAAAAGAAGACAACGUCGUUUCUGCCGACGAAUCCAAUAUGAAGAAUACAGAAACGAAGGAUAACGAUGAUCAGAAUGACGAUUCAAAUUCAUGCGUGGACGACGUGAAAAAUAACGAAGUUCACGUGAAUCAGGAAAAUGAUUUUGUCUCGCAAAACUCCGAUUUGCCCAACGCUGACAUGGAAAUUGAUACGUACGAAGCAAGUGAACGGCUGGAAAACAAGUCGGAGGAGUCGCCAAUUACUCAAUCGGUUGUAACGUCCGAAACUACUGAAACAAAUUUAAUUGUAUCGUCAGCGAGAGACACGGACGAUAAUGAUAAAAAUGAGAUUCAAUCUACUGAGAACUCAUCAUGCGAUGCUAAUAAUGAUGACAACGACGAAACGGAAAAUAAAGAGCGAAACCCGCCAGUAGAAACAACCGAAGCAAUUGUAAAUAAUAACUGUGAUAGUAAGCAAACUGAAAAUAUAGAUGAGCAAAACAAUGAUAUUAAAGACGAGACGAAAGAUUUUCCGGAAGAGAAAGAUGCAGACGAGAUCACAAUUCCAUCUUCAAUUGAUACAAGUUCCGCGGCGAAGGAAAGCAAUGAACUGAGCAGCGAUGAUGACGGCUUGAAGGAAAAAGAUGUUCCGGUCGCAGAAGAUGCAAUUGCGACUACGGACGAACAGAUUAGCACUGGCGACCAACAGGAUGCAAUAAAAUCCGUCGACACAACACAAGAACGCACAAGUAACGAUAAGGAGGAGGAGGAGGAGGAGGAGGAGAAGGAUAGCGCUGCGAAUGGCAUUGUAGUUGAUAAGAUAGAAUUUCCAAAGGAAGACGUGCAGGUAGAGGAUGAGGAAGCAGCUUCACUCAAAAUCGUUGAGACCGAAAAGUAAUGAGGAAAAAAAAAGAUAUAAAGAGUAAAAUGUAUAAAA